AUGAAGCAAAUGGAACAAGAAAAAGCAGAUAUCUUGGAAGCAAGAGCGGUAGAGGAAAUUGAGAUGCCAAUUGUCUCUGACGCAGAUAGACUUGAACAUCUGACACCAAUGUCGUCCAUGUCGUCUAGCAACAAUUAUGUCUGUCGUUUUUCGAGAAAGGAAAACAGUGAUGAUGCGUCGAAUGAAUCGGCGAAGAAGCUUUCUUUACUGAUAGUUUUCUAUGCUGUUGUUAUGGUUGUUGAACUUAUUGGGGGUAUGAAAGCUCACAGCUUGUCUGUUAUUAGUGAUGCUGUGCAUUUGCUUUCUGAUAUUGCUGGAUUUGCUAUCUCUCUCUUUGCGGUGUGGGCUUCGCGUUGGGAGGCAACGCCUCGUCAAUCUUUCGGGUACAAUCGUCUUGAGGUUUUGGGGGCUCUUUUAUCUGUUCAGUUAAUUUGGUUCAUAUCUGGUUUUUUAAUAUAUGAAGCAGUUGGUAGAAUUGUUAAUAGAAAUGAUAGUGUGAAUGGAAAGCUCAUGUUUGCAAUUGCAACAUUUGGUUUUGUUCUUAACUGUAUUAUGGUUUUAUGGCUUGGUCAUGAUCAUAGUCAUCAUCAUGGAUUUGGAGAUUCACAUGGUCAUGGUCAUGAUCAUUCUCAUGGUCAUGAUCGUCAUCAUUCUCAUGGUCAUGACCGUCAUGAUCAUAGUCAUAGUCAUCAAUGUGGUGGAGACGCGGAUCAUGAUAAUGGGAUGGAGGAACUGUCUAAAGUAACUGAUGAGGAGAAUCUUACCAUGAUUUCAAAUGGUAAGAGGAAAACAAAUGUUUUGAAUAUUAAUAUCCAAGGGGCUUAUUUGCAUGUGAUGACUGAUAUGAUUCAAUCUCUUGGAGUGAUGAUUGCCGGAGGAGUAAUAUGGGCUAAACCCGAAUGGUUUAUAGUUGAUCUUUUAUGUACUCUCGUUUUCUCGGUUUUAUCCUUAAGUACUACUCUAACAAUGCUUAAGAACAUUUUUGGCAUUCUGAUGGAAAGGACGCCGAGUGAGAUUAACAUCAUUCAGCUCGAAAAUGGUCUUAGAAGUAUCAAAGGACUGCAGGAGAUACAUGAUUUGCACGUUUGGGCUAUAACCGUUGGUAAACUUUUUCUAUCGUGUCAUGUAGUAGCUGAACCUGGCAUUAGUUCUAUUGAUUUACUUGAUACAAUUAAACAGUAUUGUGAAAACACUUACCAAAUACAACAUGUAACCGUACAAAUUGAGUAA